CUUCUUUCUUUCUUCCUGUAAAAGCCACAUUGUGCGAAGGGGAGACCAACCCAUCCGCCGUCACUGGCAAGUCACCUCAAGGCUCUCAGUAACAGAGAGAAACAGCCAAAAGAAUCCAAGACUCCUGUGUGAGAAACGUCUCAGUGACAGACAGAAGGAGAGGAAACCAGCCUUAAAGGCAAGAAGCAUGGGAAAGCAAAGAAUUUGGUGUAUUGUCCUAUGCCAGAGUUUUUGGCUUUGGGGAGCACUCACUUUGGCAACUUCUCCCUCCACUCUGUUUGAGCCUGAUAACACAAGUCCCUCCUCUGAUAGCAAAAUAGUCACAGAGGUCCAGCACCUAAAAGUGCCUGAUACAACCACUGGAACUGUGACUGACACCCCAAAGCAACCAGAGAUCAGUCAUGCCAAUGUAUUUAAGCAAAUCCCAAUAGCACAAGCCCUCAUAGAUCCAGAGUCUAUGUCUACCCAAAUAAAUAAGCUUGCUGAACCAGUCCAGGAAAAGAAUGAUAGCCAGGCGACUCCUUCCAUUGAGGGCAACGAUUUUGUUUCGCUUCCUGCUGAAAAUGGCACUACUCAAAAGGACACCGUUAUGACCUCUGCUAAUGAAAUGGAAACCACCACCCAUGUGAGCACAGGGCUCCUGACAUCCAUUUCUACUGGGGAUGAUAAAAGAGCAGUUAUUGAUAUAGAACCGACUGGCUACACUACUGAGCCCACUGUGUCCAAGAAAUUGACCACCUUAUAUAACGUAACCAAGAUUCAUGGUGUAUCUGGUGAUACAGGACUUAAGACCAGCCGUGAUGGUCUUCUUACUUCUUCCCCUGAAUCCAAUAUAACGGAAACUAAUUAUAAAGCCACAGGCACACACUCGGGCAGUAAUGAGCAUAAAACUCCUACCCCUAAGAAAGAUAAUUCUAACAAUACGUCCAGACUGUUUUUAUAUGUCGUACUGAUUUGCCUUCUCCUACUGAUACUUGCUGUCAUUGUGAUCCUUGUCUUGAGGAAAAAGAGGAGAAGCAGAUCUCAGAACUUCAGCAAGCGAGUAAAAAAAGGAGACAGCAAAGAUGUAUGGGCAGGGCAGGUGCCUGAACUUGCCGGAGGGGAGGUGACAGUGGGUGCCGAUGGGCUGGUCAAUGGCAUGGCUGUACCACUGUUGGGAGAUGAGCAGGAGAUGACCACUUUUGUCAUUGGGGAGAAGAAGGGGGAUUCAGGAAUAGAGAUUGUAGAAGCAGAGGCUGGGACAACCAAGAAGGUGGGUGGUGAGGAGAUGAAAGAGAAAGCAGAGAACCUUGUGGUUCAGGAGGAGCAGAAGGUACCAAAGGAUGCAAAGCUGGAGAUAAAACUCAAUGGGGAAGUGGAGGCAAAAGAAGAACAGUUCCCACUCCCUCCUGUGGAACAAAACUUGGUGGGCAAUAAAGACAAAGCAAUUUAGGGCUGAUGUAUGAAGCGAUGAUCGGAUAAGUAUAAAUUGACCAACAAAUCCUAUGUUAUCCCUGGGAAAACACAUUGUGCCUCAAUGUUCCUGAUGUGGGAACAAGUAUGACCCGAUAUGGGCAGGAAGUGUUUGACCCAAGAAUCCUCCCAGCGUUAUGUCUCAAUAAUGUCAAUUAGCAAAGAGCGGACUUGUUUCUUUAAUUAGACUUCUUAUUAACAUAUCAUAAUUGCAGAUAUAAAGUUUGUCAAGAGAUUGUAUAUUUUGUAGAUAUGCAGCAUGACUGUGUACUCUUAGUGUAGAUGUACCCAUUGCCACUAUAAAGUAUAUUGCCCCUAAUAGGCAAAGGUACAAGCUAUAUAUUAUAGAAAUGUAUGAUACCUGCAUAUACUGUAACUUCCAGCACCGCCCCCAACAGCCACUGUGCUGGGAGAUACAGUCCAUUGACAGCUGGAGGGCUGCAGGCUGCUCGCCAUGAAUUCCAAUGUUUUCAUUUAUAUUCCACUUGCUGCCGUGGUUGGCUCUCUUAUUUUCUUCACUGCUUGACUUACUACAGAAACAAUGUAGUAGAAAGCAGCUCCUCUCCAGGCAAGACUCCAGUUCCCACAAUGCUUUGCAUGCUUCUGCAACUUCUUUUCAGGGAAUGCAAGGCAUUGUGGGAACUGUAGAGCUGAUUACAAUGAACUGACGAAAUGUUUCAGUAGUCAGAACAAGCAGUGGAAGGAAGGAUGAGAGAUAAUGCUAUAAAUUGCUACAUUUACACAUAACUCAGCAUUUUUAAUUUCUGGAUAUUGGGAAGUUGCUUAGAAUGAUAUUUGGUUUCACUCUGCAAAAAAACUCUAUUAUGUAAAUAUUAAGUCAAUGAUGCAAUGCUCUGAUUGGUUAAAGAAUGAUAGUCGUGCGAAUACUUUACUGCAAAUAUAUUACUUUACAUAAGAUCCCUAUCAGUUUGUAAAUACUCACCCCAUAUACAGAUCAGUAGUAAGUAUCAGUGUAUAGAUACUCAGUACAGGUAUGGGAUCCGUUAUCCAGAUACCCAUUAUCCAGAAUGCUCCGAAUUAUGGAAAG